AUGACUAAAGCCACGUCUGUUUUGUUAGAGGACGAAUUGCGUCAGUUGGACGAUUAUUAUGGGAUGAUUGAAAAUGAUGAGUUGGACUUGGACGACCUUGAAAUGGAAAUUUUAGAUUUCGAUGCAAUAAGUUUGGAGGACAUGUAUACUGGUGCUAAAACUGUAAAUGAAGGAGAAAAUGACAACAUUAUGGAGCGAAGCACUGAAGAUAUACGAGAGGUCGAAAUUAUUACUAAAUUCGUGGAAGAUACAUUGUGUCGAGAUAAUAAUGUAGCCAUCAUGCGUAAUAUUAACAUGCCCGAUGAGACGAAGACUGAAAAACUGAAGCAAGCAAUUAAUCAUUUAGAAGAAGCUAAUAUUCAAAGAAAAUUCUACAAUGAUAUAAGGAAAGAUGCAAGUGUAGCUCUAACUCAAGCCAAACAACUGGAACAGAAACCUGGUAUCCGUGUCUUCAGUAUCGAUUAUGCACAGAAUAUCCAUUAUCCCUCAUCUGAAAUGCAAGUUGGACCUGCUUUUUUUAAAACUGCAAGAAAAUGUGGAAUUUUUGGAAUAAAUGAUGAAGCAGACAACACACAGACGAAUUAUCUCAUAGAUGAAUGUGACAACAUCGGAAAAGGGGCAAACAGUGUGAUUAAUCUCAUUCAUCACCAUUUAGAAUCCAAUAAUUGUGACCAAGAUAAUCAGCAUAUUUGUGCAGAUAACUGCGUAGGUCAAAAUAAAAACAAUGCUGUUGUGCAUUACUGUGCAUGGAGGGUAGCAAGCGAGUUAAACAAGACAGUGCAUCUUAACUUCCUAUUGGUGGGCCACACUAAGUUUUCCCCAGACAGAAUGUUUGGACUUUUAAAACAGAAGUUUUCUAAAUCUACAGUAGAUACUUUGCAUGAUAUCGAAGAAUGUGUGGCUAACUCGACCGUUUCGGGAAAAAAUAAGGCUAUCUGUACGAAUGACUACGUGAACGGAAUAAUAAAUGUUCAGUGGUAUGAGUGGAACGCCUUCCUCAGCGAAUUCUUCACAACUAUUCCAGGAAUAACACAAUAUCACCACUUCAUUAUUAAAUCAGAUGAUCCAUUUACAGUGGAAUGUAAAGUUCUAGCUAACAAUCCAGUACAAAAAUUUAAUAUUGUUAAGAAGGGAGUGACUUUAGAUGAUAUCACUGGUAUGCCAAAUUUGUUAGUUCCGCCAGGGCUUUCACUUGCAAGACAAUGGUAUUUAUUUGAGGAAAUAGCACCUCUUUGCACUUCGAAAGACGCAGCUAAUCUAACAUGCCCAAAACCGCAAAAAGCGAAACCUACAAGCCAGAUGGCUAAGGUGGAUCAGCCAGGUCCUUCUGCUAAAAAAACCAGGAAAGUUACUACCUGUGGUCAUUGUAAAGAACCAGGGCACACCAUACGUUCAUGCAAACAAAACAAAAAGUAA